UAUCGGUACGCGUGACAUUACGUUGACAGUCGUGUCCAGUCUAUCUAACUGUAUUUUAUACGUUGACUCCUGAUUUGUCAGAACUAAAUAAAAUAAGAAAAUUAAAUUUAAAAUCUUAUCAAUGCACUAUACUAAAUAUGAUUACAUUUGUACAAUCCAACUAAUACAUGAUUACCUAAGGGAUCGUAGAAAAGUCCUUCGGUAAAAGAAUGUUGAGGUGACAUUUCUGGUUCUGUCAUGCGGAACAGGUCAGUUGGUAUUAUUUUUGGAUCUCUCGUCUUAUGGGGUGUGAUUACAUAUUUUUUAUUUCUUGAUCAACCAUCAGGCAGGGAUCAAGAAAAGCAAAAUAAACUUUCAAAACAAAUUAGCAGAUUGGAACAAAGAGUAAAGCAACAAAUUGCAGUGAACCAAGAAUUUUUUCAACAUAUUGAGGAAAAUAAACAUCAUAGAAAAUUAAUAGAGAAAUUGAUUAUCACUCGUGCAACAAUAGCAAUUCCAAAGAAUAAUGAACAACAUGAAAGUAAUAUUAAACAACAACUUGAAAAGAAUGAUUAUAAAGAAAAAUGGACAGAUUCUAAGGAUUUUCAACAAUCUACAAAGACAGAGGAAACAAUGAAAUCAAAAAAAUCUUUACCAAAUGGAGAUCCAAUAAUAGCUGUAUUAGUUUUCUCAUGCAAUCGCAUCACUGUUCAAAGAUGCUUAGAUCAAUUAAUAAACUUAAGACCUAGUGCAGUGCAGUUUCCAAUUGUUGUGUCGCAAGAUUGUGAACAUGAGCAAACUGCAGAAGUUAUUUCUAAAUAUGGAGAUAAAAUACUGCACAUUCGGCAACCUGACCAAUCAGACAUAGACAUUCCACCUAAAGAAAAAAAGUUUAAAGGAUACUUUAAAAUUGCACGUCAUUAUGGAUGGGCACUAAAUCAAGUAUUUUUUGAGCUUGGAUAUGAAACAGCAAUUGUAGUUGAAGACGAUUUGGACAUAGCUCCUGAUUUUUUUGAGUACUUUCUGGGUACUUAUCCUCUGCUAGUGUCUGAUCGUUCCUUGUGGUGUGUUUCGGCAUGGAACGAUAAUGGUAAAUCUGGUCUGGUGGAUGAGCAUGCACCACACUUACUAUAUAGGACAGAUUUUUUUCCUGGUUUAGGCUGGAUGUUGACACGCCAGUUAUGGCAAGAGCUUGCACCUAAAUGGCCCAAAUCGUAUUGGGAUGAUUGGAUAAGACAACCAGAACAGAGAAAAAAUAGAGCCUGUAUUCGACCAGAAAUAUCGAGAACAAGAACUUUUGGAAAAAUUGGAGUUAGCAAUGGAUUAUUCUUUGAAAAACAUUUGAAAUUUAUCAAGCUGAAUGAAAAAUCUGUGCCUUUUACCAAGAUGAAUUUAACCUACUUGCUGAAAGAUAAUUAUGAUGUAUCUUUUACGAAUGAAGUACACCACUCUACAGUGAUUACUUAUUCUGAAUUAAAAAGUGGACAUAUAAUUAUACCAGGUCCUGUUAGAAUAUUAUAUUAUACACGAUUGUCAUAUAAAAAUACUGCAAAAAUGCUUGGUUUAAUGGAUGAUUUUAAGAGCGGUGUACCAAGAACUGGAUAUCGAGGUGUUGUUACAUUCUUUUACAAUGGUAGAAGAGUUCAUUUGGCACCAGCUACAAAUUGGAGUGGUUAUGAUAUUACAUGGAGCUAACACAUAAUGUAUCAUUAUGAUUUGUAGAUUCUGCAAAUAUCAUAAGGAUCUAUCCUUGUCAUUGAUAGACUGAAUGAACAUAUGAGUCACAAGGGAUUAAGUCUAUAAUACCAAAUACUUAUUAAAUAAACAGCAAGAGCAGAGCUUCCAAUGUGUGCACAUCGUUUCUCUUAUGAAGUCUGGAACUGUUACUUUCAUGAUGCUUUAUGGUGAACUAGUUGAAUUUAGAGAGAAAUGCUGAGUGCCUCAAACGUCAUACCCACCGUUUAUAUGUACAUAUAUAAAUUAAUUAACUAUAAUUAUAUGUACACUGUAAAUACAAAUGUAUUGUAUCUUAAAUAUCAAUUCCGUGCGUACUCUUUUUAUCGGCAAGUUUUAUGCAUUUUGCCUUGUGUACAGAUCAACAGAAUUUUUUUUCCAUUUACAAUAAAGUACAGGUGGUGUUCCCUUUAA